CCCACAUUAACUGCAUCCACGACCCUCAGACUCGAGCCGUUCGCCUCAUCAUACCAACCCUACCUAGGCUGUAGUAGCCAGGUACUACACGCGCCGCUCGCGCAUUAGCGGGACACAAUAAAAACAACAUCAGCACCUGGAUUUGCCUCCCGAUUGAAAAGUAGUAUAUCGUUUUUACAAAUCGAACAUCGACAAGCGAGCCCACCAUGUUCUUCGAACAGGCCAAUUGCACCACGGUGCCAAAGGAUAUAGCCAGCAAUGCUGGAAUAAGUGGCAUUGGUGUCAUUCUUUCUUUCGUUAUCACAGCUUUACUAGCCAUUGGCAUGUCCUCUUCAUUGAUACUUCAGGAGUUCAUCGAAUGCAGACGAAAGGAGGCCCACUGCAAGCCGCACACGAUCCGCCGCAAGCUGCUCUCGUCUUAUUCCGACCAGCAAAUCCUCCAGGGCAUUGGUCUGCAGUCGGUCGGCCUCGCCUUGACCGCCCGGCUGUCGCCGUAUCACUUCUUCCUCAUCUGGAUGCUGUCGCUGCUCUCCAUGGCAGUACACAACACCACGCUGCUCGCCCUGGUUCACGAUUUUCGCCGCGACUGGCUUCUGAGGUGGCUACGCCAGUUCCUGAUGUUUGUGAACCUGGUUCUCAGCUCCGUCUAUGGCGCCUACAUCCUGCGGCGCAUCAGCCACAACAUCGAGCCGACGUUGCCCAUCGCCUGCGUCUGGGAUGCGGAGUCGCCCCUGGCAAAAUCAUCGCCCGAAAACCCCAUCGCCAGCUACAUCGGCACGGGCGCCGUCAUCGUCGGCAACAUUGUCGUCUUUGCCCUGGCAACUUGGUAUCUCCACAGCCGCGGCCAGCGCUUCUACAAGAUUGUUCAGGUCGUGGGCAGCGUCUUCAUGGCUGCGGUCGGCAUCGGUGCUAUCGUUCGAGUCAUACUCAUAUCCCAGGCCUUUGGCGACCCGGGCGUGCCCAUGGCGGACUAUGGGGAGAAGGAGUGGAGUUUCGGCCAGCUGUUGUCCGUGCUUCUCCUCAUCUUGCCUGUCAUAUCGAUCCUGGAGAUCUACAGGGGCGAGCUGAAUGUUGCGCCGCCGGUGGACGAUAGAUCGUAUCUGGAUCUGAGGAAGAGCAGUUCGGGAAUGGAGGAAGGGAACGAAAUGCAGAGGAGUUCCAAGUAGGCUGUGGAACGAAGUUUCUGCUUUCAUGCCUUUCCCGACCGAGACAUGUUCUGUGUGACAGAGUUUAUCUUUCCAAGAUCAGGCCUGCAACAGAGUACGACGACAUUUCCUUCGAUACCCGUAAAAGCGAUCAUGAUUGUAUUUAUUUUUUUAUGACCAAUCUUCAACAAUUGAAGGGAC